CUUACCUUUAUUUCUUCCCCACUGCAGGUGUUCAUGCUAUUCAUCUACAACAAGAAAAACACGAGCAAACAUAUAGUACUGUAGAACUGCAUCUCUCCACCCUACUGAUGUCACUGCUGGGAAGUGCAGCAACAAACCAGAGCCGCCAUAUUGGUCUUCAGGAACUGGUGGCCAUGGCAGCUGCGACUUAUACAUUUUUGGGCCCCAGUAAACACUACAAAAUGAUCCAAAACAAAGCAAGUGAUGAGGCGGUGCUCGUCUGCUCCUGUUAUCGUCUGCUGGAGCAGUUGGAGCUCAGUGGUUCCGUGGCUCAACUUCUGCGUGAGACCACCUCUUCUCAUUGGCGGACACUGCGUUCUGGCACGGCCUCACUGAUCUUUCUGGCCGGCGUCUGGAGCAGGGUGGCACUGGAAUGUCUCCACCAAGGCAUUUCUAUUCGGCACAUAGUGGCCGGCAUGUCAAAGGGGUUGGAAAUGUGUCUGGAGGCCUGUAAGCUGAGUGCUGUGGAUGUGGAGUCAGUUGUUUGCAAUGCUGCUGAUGUACAGAAACAGCAACUGAGGGGGAAAAGCGGCGACUACAUGAAUUCUCAGGAUGGCUUAAGUUUGGCACAUUGUGUAGGAGUGAGGCAGUUAGCUCAGAACUGUGCUAAAACUAUAGAUAGUGUGCCUAUGCUUUCCGUUCUGAAAGACCAACGUUCUUUAAAGCACAAUUUAAAACUCAAACACAGUAGGCACUUUAAUCGUAAUUAUAUCACAGACGAUGGGAGGAUACACACAAGUUUUGAAAUCGCUUCUCUGGCUGAAGCCGUUUCUCACGGAUGUGCGACGACUAUGAAUUUAGUUAUCGAAGCUAGUAGGAUUCAGUGUAGAUACAGCGGUCCAGAUCAGAGCUGCAAAGCGCUAGACAUUGAUAAAUUAGCUACAUGCUUGUUGCCGGGAUUAUCCGAGGAGCACUCGAGUGUACUCCAUGGGUAUGUUGUGAUGUUGUCUGCAGAACAGGCAUUGCUGGUCAAACAACUAAAAGAACAGACAUUAAAAAUCGGCCUCAUUCAUGGUGACCUGAGUGAGAAACACCGUCAUGUAGGUUUCAACAGACCUAAAAAUGCCACAUAUCUGAGUGAUUGCUCUGAUUUUAGAGGGAUCAGCCGCGAGGAGAAAUGGAUGGAUGAGGCACUCAGAAUACUUCCAAACCUCAAGGUAGACAUUGUUUUAGUGAGUGGUAGUGUUACUGAGCAGCUGAAAGAUCACUGCCUCCACCGUCACAUCCUCAUCAUCGAGCAUGUACCAGUGUCCAUUUUGAAUGCCUUUGCUUCAGCUACGGGUGCUCUUCCAGUCUCGUACAUCUCACAGCUCAGUGAACGAUGCGUUGGUUCCGGAGUCAGGGUGAACCCACGCAGAGAGUAUCGCACUGAGGGAACGGAAUGGACUGUGGUGAAUGUUGUGACUGAUGGCACAAGUCUGGUCACGGCGCUCAUCGCAAGCUCUGUUCAUGCUAAGCUCCAGAGCAUGGAGGAUGAGUUUUGGAGUUGUGCCUAUCGCGUGCACCAUGCACUUAAAGACGGAAAGCUACUGCCUGGAGCCGGAAUUGUAGAACUAAUCUGUAUCCGCCAGCUCCAGAAUCGCGGGAAUCUAUCCCAACCAGAGGAGAAAGGAGAUGAGCUUGAUGCAGCCAGAGCAGCAGCACCAUAUGAGCAGGUAAUCCUGCGGCACAUGGCCGAAGCCUGGAUGGAUUAUGUGUCCACGCUGAUGGUGAACACUGGCCAUGUCAAGUGCAAAACACAGGCAUGGACAUGUAUUGCUCAGCAUAUAAAGCAGUGUGAGAACAGAGUGCUUUGGAAUCAUCAGAUGCCAGAAACUUUUAAGGACUACGUGGAAAUAAUACAGAGAAUGGGAGAACGUAAAGAGGAGGAAGAGGAGAUGCUGGAAAGAGAAAGAGUCGAAACGAGAGUGUAUGAUAAUCUGACUGUAAAGUUUGAGGUUUGGAGGAGAGCUCUGGAUCUGGUGUUUCUGAUUCUUCAGACAGACACUGAAAUUGUUACAGGAAUAAAUGGCAGAGAAGAACAAUACAGGGAUUUUGUAAUUCUUUAGAAUAUGAAGGUCUUCAGACAAAAAGUGACAUUUCUCCGGUUGGGCUUAUUUAAACCUCACAUUACUUCGAAAACAUUAGCAAUCCUGUCGAGUAAAGACGUGAGAUUUUUACAUCGGGCUGCCAAUUCACUCGUCCACUGGAUGUCAGUUCUUGGCUGGCCUUUUUUGGUGUUUCAUAUUCUGGGUGUCUCGUUGUUCCUUCCGGCUUAGAAACAGAUUUUUGUCCUACGUAUCGUACAGUUAUUAACAUGGCAGUGUAAGUGUUCUGCUUGUACAGGAAGAGUCAACACUGAUUUGAUUUAAGGACAUCUGUCCAGAUGUUCAGCCUACUGUCAAGUGUACAACACCUGUAAAGCACUACUAUUAAUGGAUGUCACUAUAUUAAUAUAUAUUUUUUUAUAAUAAACACAAAAUAAAGUAUUA